AUGGACAGGAACUACCCCAGCGCCGGCUUCGGGGACCCGCUCGGCGCCGGGGCGGGAUGGAGUUACGAGAGGUCAGCGAAAGCUAGCUUGGUCUAUGGCAGCUCUAGGACCUCGCACCCCGAGACGGACAUCUUACACCGCCAGGCCUACGCGGCCCCCCACCCACUGCAAAGCUAUGCCACCAACCACCACCCCGCAGGCCUCUCUGGACUCUUUGACACUGGCCUUCACCACGCGGGCUCAGCUGGGCCCGACGCCUCCGUCAUGAACCUCAUCUCGGCCCUGGAGUCUCGGGGCCCCCAGCCUGGCCCCUCUGCCUCUUCGCUCCUCUCCCAGUUCCGCAGUCCUUCCUGGCAAACAGCCAUGCACACGCCAGGCCCCACGGAGCUGUUCAUCUCAGGCGCCCUGCCAGGUUCCAGCACCUUCCCAUCCUCCUCUGCCCUCUCGGCCUACCAACACCCCGCUUCCUUUGGCAGCCGCCCCUUUCCCGUGCCCUCAUCCCUCAGCCUCCAGGACCCCCCAUUCAGUCCCCCUGCUAACGGGCUUCUGUCCCCUCAUGACGUGUUGCACCUGAAGCCCUCACAGGCACCCACAGUGUCCUCCUCCCUGGGCUUUGAGCGCCUGGCGGGAGGUGGUGUCCUGGGGCCUGCCAGUCUGGGCCCAGCUCAGACCCCUCCUUACCGUCCCGGCCCCCCGGACCCACCCCCACCUCCUCGCCACCUCCCGACUCAGUUCAAUUUGCUGGCUUCCUCUUCUGCUGCUGCCGCCGCCGCCGCCGCCGCCGAGCAGUCCUCCCCCCAGCUCUACAACUUCUCCGGUGCUGCCCCGGGCCCCCCGCCGCCCGAGCGGGCCCUGCCCCGCCAGGACACUGUCAUCAAGCACUACCAGCGGCCGGCCAGCGCCCAGCCCCCACCGCCCCCACCACCAGCCCACGCCCUCCAGCACUACCUGAGCUGUGGGGGUAGCUAUCCUUCUAUGAGUCACCGGGCCAACCUGGCCUGCAGCCCCUUGGGUGGUGGGGAGCCCUCCCCGGGGGCUGGGGAGCCGAGCAAGGCCGGGCCUAGUGGAGCGAAUGCUGGGGCGUCGGGCCGGGCCACGGGCCCGGAGGCGGCUGGAGGAGGCGGAGCAGGGGGUGGUGGCGGCGGUUACCGCCCUAUCAUCCAAUCACCGGGUUACAAGACGGGCAAAGGCGGUUACGGGGCAGCUGCGGGGGCCGCCACCAGGCCCCCACCGCCCCGCUCCACCGCCACGCCUAAGUGCCAGAGCCUUGGGGGGCCGGCAGCAGCCUACGCUUCCGGGAAGGGCCCCGGGGCUGGCGGGGCAGGGGGCCAGGCCUACUCCCCCGGUCAGCCCCAAGGGCUGCUGGGACCCCAGGCCUACGGGCAAGGGUUUGGAGGGGGACAGGCACAGGACUUGAGCAAAGGCCCCAGCUACUCGGGGGGGCCCCCGCAGCCUCCAGGUGGCCCCCCUCCUCCUGGUCUGGCCACGUGUCAGAGCUACUCUCCGGACCAGCUGCAGGGACAGCUCUACGGGGUGCAGGGCGAGCCGUACCCAGGGCCCGCCGCCCACUCGCAGGGGCUGCCCACCGCCAGCCCCUCGCUCAGCUACAGUACUGGCCACUCCCCGGCGCUCUCCGGCCACGGAGGGGGCUGGGGUCCCGGCUCCCUGGGCGGCGGUGGGGAGGCCAGCCCGUCCCAUAUCAUCCGCCCGCUGCAGUCGCCGCCAGCCACUGGCCGCCCACCUGGUGUCGCCUCUCCAGGAGCCCCUGGCAAGUACCUGAGCUCGGUCCUUGCCUCAGCCUCGUUUCUGGCGCCCCCGGGAGCUGGCAGCUACGCGCCCGGCACAGGUGGUUACAAGGGCAAGGGGGACGGUUCGGAGCUCAUGGCCGGCCCCGGCGGACCACCGGCUGAGCGCACCGAGGAUGAGGAGUUUCUCAUCCAGCACCUCCUGCAGGCCCCCAGCCCCCCGCGGACCUCAGGGGCAGAUGGCUUGGUGGGCGAGGAUGGGGCGGCAGAUGCCUCCAAGGGACUUGGUGGGGGUGGCGGGGCCGGGGGGCCACCGGGCACACCCUACGAGUUGGCCAAGGAGGACCCUCAGCGGUACCACCUGCAGAGCGUUAUUCGUACCAGCGCCAGCCUCGAUGAGGGGGCCACAACAGCCCUGGAGCUGGGCCUGGGGAGGCUGAAAGAGAAGAAGAAAGGGUCAGAGCGGGGCGGUGAGACCCCCGAGGGCUUGGCCACCUCUGUGGUCCACUAUGGGGCCGGUGCCAAGGAGCUGGGGGCCUUCCUGCAGAAGAGCCCGCCGCCCCCACCGCCCUCGGCCCAGGCCGCCCAGCCCACGCCCCACAGCCUCCUCCUCGAAGCCGGGGGCCCCGACCUCCCAUUGGUGCUGCCUCCCCCUCCCCCCCAGCUUCUGCCCUCGGUUCUCAGCCACGCCCCCAGCCCUUCUCCCGGCGCCCCCAAAGUUGGCGUCCACCUCCUUGAGCCGGCUGCCCGGGAUGGAGCCCCCCAGCCGCCGCCGCCUCCCCCGCCGCCACCCCCCAUUCCUCUCCAGCUCGAGGCGCACCUCCGUAGCCAUGGCCUGGAAGCUGCCGCCCCCAGCCCCCGCCUGCGCCCCGAGGAGAGCCUGGAGCCUCCGGGGACCAUGCAGGAACUGCUCGGGGCCCUGGAGCCCCUGCCUCCGGGGCCCGGGGACACCGGUGUGGGCCCCCCAAACGCGGAGGGGAAGGACCCGGCGGGUGCCUACCGCAGCCCCAGCCCGCAAGGCCCCAAGGCCCCCCGCUUCGUGCCACUCACCUCCAUCUGCUUCCCUGACUCUCUGCUCCAAGAUGAGGAACGCAGCUUCUUCCCCACCAUGGAGGAAAUGUUUGGUGGAGGGGCAGCUGAAGACUACGGCAAGGCCGGGCCACCUGAGGACGAGGGUGACCCCAAGGCGGGUACCGGGCCACCGCCAGGCCCCCCAGCCUAUGAUCCCUAUGGGCCCUACUGCCCAAGUCGGGGGUCCGGAGGUGGGCCGGAGACACCGGGCCUGGGUCUGGACAAGCCCCCUGAGCUGCCCUCUACCGUCAACGCUGAGCCCCUGGGCCUGAUUCAGAGCGGGCCCCACCAGGCCGCGCCGCCACCCCCACCGCCACCGCCACCCCCACCGCCCACCUCUGAACCCAAGGGCGGCUUGACCUCGCCCAUCUUCUGCUGUACAAAGCCAAAGAAGCUGCUGAAGACGUCCUCCUUUCACCUGCUCAGACGUCGAGACCCACCCUUCCAGACGCCCAAGAAGCUCUACGCCCAGGAGUAUGAGUUCGAGGCAGAUGAGGACAAGGCCGAUGUGCCUGCUGACAUCCGCCUCAACCCCCGCCGCCUGCCCGACUUGGUGUCCAGUUGUCGCUCCCGCCCGGCCCUCUCACCCCUGGGUGACAUCGAUUUCUGCCCGCCGAACCCCGGGCCCGACGGCCCCCGGCGCCGAGGCCGCAAGCCCACCAAGGCCAAACGCGAUGGCCCGCCCCGGCCCCGAGGGAGGCCCCGCAUCCGUCCACUGGAGGUCCCCACCACGGUGGGGCCUGCCUCUGCCUCCACACCCGCUGACGGGGCCAAGAAACCCCGGGGCCGGGGCCGGGGCCGGGGCAGGAAGGCGGAGGAGGCGGGGGGCAACCGGCUGGAGCCCCUGAAGCCGCUGAAGAUCAAGCUGUCUGUACCCAAGGCGGGCGAGGGCCUGGGCGCUUCGUCCGGCGACGCCGUGUCGAGCACCGACCACAACAGUCUGGACUCGAGUGUGACGCGGGAGAGGAUCGAAGCCAAGAUCAAGGAGGUUGAGGAGAAGCAGCCGGAGAUGAAGUCGGGUUUCAUGGCCUCCUUCCUGGACUUCCUCAAGUCUGGCAAACGCCACCCGCCGCUCUACCAGGCCGGCCUGACGCCCCCGCUCAGCCCCCCCAAGAGUGUGCCGCCCCCGGUUCCGGCCCGUGGCAUGCAACCACAGCCUCCCUCCGCACCGGCCCUGCCGCACCCGCCACCCACCGGCGCCUUCGGGCUGGGGGGCGCUCUGGAGGCCGCCGAGAGCGAGGGGCUGGGCCUGGGCUGCCCCUCGCCCUGCAAACGCCUGGACGAGGAGCUCAAGCGGAACCUAGAGACGCUGCCCUCCUUCUCCUCGGAUGAGGAGGACUCGGUGGCCAAGAACCGUGAUCUGCAGGAGAGCAUCUCGUCGGCCAUCUCUGCCCUUGACGACCCGCCCCUCGCUGGGCCCAAGGACACCCCUGCCCCGGACGGACCCCCCUUGGCCACUGCAGCUGCGGUUCCAGGGCCCCCCACCCUCUCAGCGCUGCCCAGUGCUGCCAGUGAUGGCACCCCCGAGCCCCCUCUGCUGGAGGAGAAGCCCCCGCCCUCCCCGCCACGGGCACCCACUCCUCAGCCACCACCACCGCCAGCCCUGCCGUCUCCACCCCCUCUGGUGGCCCCCGCCCCCAGCUCACCGCCGCCGCCGCCGCCACCACCACCGCUACCGCCACCCACACCUGUGCUGCCCCCCCCCCCACCCCCGCCACCACCACCGCCUCUACCAGCCGCCACUCCUCCUGAGGAGCCCACCACCGCCCCGUCCCCCGAGGACUCGGAACCGCCCGACGCCCGUCCCCUGCACCUGGCCAAGAAGCAGGAGACAGCGGCCGUGUGCGGCGAGACGGACGAGGAGGCGGGCGAGAGCGGUGGGGAGGGCAUCUUCCGUGAGCGGGAUGAGUUCGUCAUCCGAGCUGAGGACAUCCCUUCCCUCAAGCUGGCGUUGCAGACCGGGCGUGAGCCACCUCCAAUAUGGCGGGUACAGAAGGCACUGCUGCAGAAAUUCACCCCGGAGAUCAAGGACGGCCAGAGGCAGUUUUGUGCCACUAGUAACGUGAGUCAGCCGACGGGAGUGAGGACCCGGACUGGUCUCGCGGCACAGCCCACCACCACCGCCGCCCGGCUGCCCAAGGCCCGGCCCAGCAAGGUGAAGGCGGAGCCGCCCCCGAAGAAGAGGAAGAAGUGGCUGAAGGAAGCCGCGGGCAAUGCGUCGGCGGGCGGGGGUCCCCCCGGCAGCUCCUCGGACUCGGAGUCGUCCCCCGGAGGGCCCAGCGAGGACGAACGGGCGGUCCCUGGGCGUCUGCUGAAGACACGGGCCAUGCGGGAAAUGUACCGGAGCUACGUGGAGAUGCUGGUCAGCACAGCACUUGACCCGGACAUGAUCCAGGCUCUGGAGGACACGCACGAUGAGUUGUACCUCCCACCCAUGCGGAAGAUUGACGGUCUCCUGAACGAGCACAAAAAGAAAGUCCUGAAGCGGCUGUCGCUGAGCCCAGCCCUACAGGAUGCCCUGCACACGUUCCCACAACUGCAAGUGGAACAGAGUGGGGAGGGGUCCCCCGAGGACGGGGCCGUGCGGCUGCGGCCGGCCGGGGAACCUUACAACCGGAAAACGCUGAGCAAGCUGAAGAGGAGUGUGGUCCGAGCCCAGGAGUUCAAAGUGGAGCUGGAGAAGUCAGGAUACUACACGCUCUACCAUUCACUCCACCACUAUAAGUACCACACCUUUCUCCGCUGCCGGGACCAGACAUUGGCCAUCGAGGGCGGCGCUGAGGACCUGGGCCAGGAGGAGGUGGUACAGCAAUGCAUGCGGAACCAGCCCUGGCUGGAGCAGCUUUUCGACUCCUUCAGCGACCUGCUGGCCCAAGCACAGGCCCACAGCCGCUGUGGGUGA